AGCAGCGACGCUCUUCGAAGUUUUACGGUCUCUAGUCGCUGAAGCGCAGGAUGUUGUGUCAGUUCCGUUCCUGAAGAGCCUCGGAAAGGAUGUAGUGCAAUCUAUCACCGAAGUUGCCACGCUGGCGUUCGCAAAGGGAGAGAAAAAGACGAAGAAGCGUUCAAGAAUGGGCGCGGAUGCGGGUACAACUUAGAGAUAAUCAACAUUGAAUAUUAUGAGCUUCCUGAUAUGAAGUAGAAAUUGUUCUGAUCAAUAGAAGAUUUGUGCCGCAGCUAUGAGGCGUUCGAUGUUUGUGUGCUUAAGCAAAGCUGGUACAACAUUUUUCUCUACUAAAUAUUUCCAAAAUUGUCUUAAUCUUUCGCAGGUUCUCUGCAUUCCCCCAUUUAUGCGGACACAUUGGGUUUGGUUCUCGAUUCACUGCGAGCGUGCCUUGCAGCCUCGAAGCAGCCAGCUUACGCAUCUGACUUCUUGACAGAGCUUGUUGAACCAUUGAUCAGCCUUUAUGAUGUGCUUCCCCAACUCACGAGCACCCGACUGAAUGUUGCAGCCCAGAAUGAACGUGUAACCAGCUGUGCGCGGUUAGUACGUCUCCUUGAAACGAUUGGCGCCUCGAACGAUGAUAAGAAAGCAAUUGCGCUUCAAACUGCCAAUAAAACUACUCUUAGAGACGUUGCGCCGCUCAAUGUCGAACUGGUGCUACAGCGGCUAUUCGUGGCACUGGUGCAUCAACUAGCGGAAGAGGAGGAUAGAAAACAGCUAGUUUUGUCCCUGCUGCACAAGACACAGAAGGCAGUAGGAGGCGAAGUCGCGCGUCUUGCGCUAGUGCGAACACUGAAGGCUUUGUGGCGAAACGAAGGCUGCGCCAUUGUGUCCAGUUUGUCGGACACGAUGCUGUUCGCCGUGGAAUUACUCGAAGAUGAGAGCGAGCAGGUGGAGCGGGAAACGAAGGAGCUUCUGAAGAUUGUCCAGAAUGUCACAGGAGAAGAUGUGCAAGAACUCUUGCGGGAGAAAAGAUGAUAGUGAGGUCCCGAUGAAUAUUUGAAUGGGAAGAUUAUAUAAUUUAUUGCAUUUAUGUAAGUGCCGUGUCCUUUUUUCUCCUCAUCCAACGACACCCUUAGGGAAUGAACACAACAUAAAAAUGUCCUCAUGCAGUGCAGAAGCGGAAGGAGAGGAGCUCUGAGUUCUCUCAAGAUGCAAAAUAUCUUUUGUUUUUUGUUAAACAGAACGCUUCUUGAAUUCUAAGGCUCUCGAGAUUAUUGCAUGUUUUAUAGAGAUUCGACUUUUACACCUUCGACAAAUCAAUGUUUUCCAAUUCUUCUAGACUACAAUGACUAUGACAGCAUAGAUGUCAAUUUCGGUUUUCUUCCAGCACAAAAUUGUUAGCACGUGCAAAAUUGAGGAGGGCACUAGGCUAAUGCGAAAUGAACAAUGAGUUCUUCAUUAUGGGAUCCCGCGACAGCUGGCAUUACCCUCGCCAAGGUUACUCGUCCGUCGGCACUGAGUAUUCAACUCUGCACAUGAUUUAUCCUCGGAAAUAACAACUUAGAUAAAAGGCUCGCUCG